AUGAUUGGUGAUCUUGAUCUGCCUCUUCCACCUCCUCGUCUCAUGAUUGGUGACCUUGAUCUUGACCUCCUUCCGCCACCAACGCCACCACCUCUUCUCAUUGGGGGUGGCGGUGAUCUCCUACCGAGAGGAGAGCGAGAUGGUCUCCUGCCAAGUGGUGAUCGUCGCAUUGGUGAAGGUGAUCGUGACAUUCUUCUGCGUCUGUCUGGUGAAGGUGAAGGAGAGUAUCGACCUCUUCUGAUUGGUGAUCUGCCACCACCACCAUAUCUUGGUGAUGGUGAUCUCCUGACACCACCAUAUCGUGGUGAAGGUGAUCUGGAGUUGAGCCUUCUCCUUGGACUGUAG